AUGGAGGAAGGAGGUUUAGGCAUAAGGAUAUUGGAGAUUAUUAAUAAGGCUUUGUUAAUGAAGCUUGUAUGGAAAAUACAGAAUUCUGAAGCUGAAUGGGCCAAGUUUAUGAGAGAUAAAUUUACUACAAUAGCAGGUACUUUUACUUCAAUAUCAAUAUGGAGGGAUGCUUGGAUCAAAGAAAAGCCUUUGGUUGAAAUUUUUGAUGAGGAUGAAUAUAUGCUACAAAAUAUAGACAUGAAAGUGGCUGAUUUGAUUGUCAAUGGGAAAUGGCUUAUACCUUUCAGCCUUUUAAAAUAUUUUCAAGAGGAGGAAUUGCCAAUCAUUUCAAGACAAAAAGAUACAAGAAUGUGGACUGGUACUAUGUUAGGAAAAUUUAUUGUGUCAUUAGCUGUUGAAGUUCUUGGUUUUGAAGCUGGAAGACCCUACACAGUCAGGAAAAAUACUAUGAUCUGUUGGUAUGCUAUGUUUAAUGGAAAAGUGCUUGGUUUUGAAGCUGGAAAACCUUACGCAGCCAGGGUAAAUACUAUGAUCUGCUGCAUCAUUCUAUGCCUAUUAUCCUCUCAUGGAUGCCAUGAAGAGGAAAGAAAGGCUCUGCUAAACUUUAAGUCAUCUUUGGACGACCCAUCAGGUCGAUUGUCUUCGUGGCAAGAUAUCUUCCAGCAUCGAAACUGCUGUGAAUGGAGAGGAAUCGGAUGUUCAAGAGAGUCUCUUCAUGUGGUUUCCAUCGAUCUUCGGAACACCAAGCUUGAAGAUUAUAUCAAUGAAUUUAGUUACAGAGAUGGUGAUCCACCAAGUACUGCACUGCAAGGUAAAUUGUCUCCUUCCCUACUCCGCAUUAAUCAUCUGGAGUAUCUAGAUCUUUCCUUCAAUGACUUUCAGCAAUCAGAAAUUCCAUUUCGGUUUUCUGAUCUAACUAAACUCGCCCAUCUUGAUCUCACAUUCACAAACUUUACAACAUCAAUUUCGGCACAUUUCAGCAACGUAUCAUCUUUACAAUACCUUGAUCUUUCUUGCCCACCAAUCGAAUAUUUUUUCCAUUCCUCUUGCUUAGAAUCACCAUCUACAAAAUGGUUGAGAGGUUUAGUUAAUCUCCAUGUGUUAAAGUUGAGUGGAAUUGAUCUCUUUGAGGCAACAUCUUCUAAGGAUACUUUUUCCGAAGAUGUUUCAUAUCUUUCCAAUCUUAGAUAUCUUGAUAUCUCUGUUUGCGAUAUAUCUAGUCCAAUUUUACCAAUCUUCCAGUUUCAAAAUCUUUCCCAUCUUUCCACUCUCUAUCUGAGUAGCAAUGAUAUCAACUCCGCAAUCCCAAUACAGUUGGCUAAUUUAACUUCACUUUCUGUUCUUGAUUUAUCUGUUUGUAGUUUACAUGGUUCACUUCCUUAUCUUCCUCAACUUAAAGAACUUGAUGUGAGUGAUAACGAUGAUCUUCACACUGAUCUAACAAGGAUGUUUGAAUAUCGUUGGCCUAAACUGCAAAUACUUGAUAUAUCCGCUACUGAAAUGACGGGACCAAUUCCAAGCUCAAUAUCUAAUGCACCGCAAUUAGUCUCUCUUUCUGCCGCAUGGUGUUCAAUUCAAGGAUCUUUACCUUUUUCAAUCUACAAUCUUUCUCGGCUGCAGCGCCUAGACCUUGACGACAGCAAAAUAACAAGUUAUAUCCAUUCUUCGAUCUCGAAUCUCAAAGAACUAAACUAUCUCGAUUUGUCUUUCAAUAAUUUCCAAGGACCCAUACCGGAAUCCAUCUGUAAGAUUGUAACUCUUCAAUAUCUUGAUUUAGGGUCUAAUAAUAUAACAGGAACCAUACCAAGUUGCAUCACAAAGCUCCAAAACCUUGGUUCCUUUGAUGUUUCCAAAAACUCAAUCACGGGAACAGUUUCACUGAUUUCUUUGAUCGAUGAGCUAAGCCUAACUACAUUAGACCUGAGUUCUAACAAUUUAACUGUGGUUACAGAUCAGCACCUAUAUCCAACUAAAUUUAAACUAAGGAGUUUAAGGCUGGAAGCACUGAAUAUGCAAGGAUUUAUCCCUACUUCCAUUUGUAACUUGACUCGUUUGAAGUAUUUGGGUCUGUCCUCUAAUAACCUCACAGGAGCAAUCCCUUCUUGCAUCUCUAAACUCAAAAAUCUCAAUAUCUUAGAUUUGUCUAAGAACAGGCUUUCUGGUCAUCUGCCUCCAGUACCUCCAAGUGUCAACAAUCUUUAUUUAUCAAAUAACGAACUAUCAGGUUCAAUUCCUUCUUCGAUAUGUUCGCAAAAACCAAGAAACACUAAAUGGGAUCUCAUAAUUCCUAUUCUUAUUUUUCAAGAUGAUCUCAUAAUUAACCUCUCCCGCAAUAAAUUAUCUGGCAUCGUACCUUAUAGUAUAGGGUACUGCACAAAUCUUAUUAUUCUAGACAUCAGCAACAACAAUCUUACUGGAAACGUUCCUAAUGAGCUUCAACACACAAAUCUGAUAUACCUUGCAUUAAGUGACAACAAUCUUAAUGGUCCGUUUCCUAUGUUGAUCCGAAGUUUGUUGUAUUUGAGAGUUCUCAACUUACGAAACAACAAAUUUGAAGGAAAUAUACCCGUUGGUCUUGGUUCACUCGAACGCCUUGCGAUUCUUUCUUUGAGGUCAAACAGAUUUAAUGGGUCCAUUCCUAACGACAUCAUCCAUUUGCAAGAACUUCGAAUACUAGACUUAUCGUUAAACGAUUUCUCGGGUCCAAUUCCAUUAAAACUAGGAAACUUGACGACCCUAACAAGUAAACUUUUUAUAAGCACUGAUGGGAUCACUGUGCCAUUAUCGUUGGAUUUAUAUCAAAGUUACACUAUGCAAUAUCAAGUGUCUAUAAAAGGCACCAUGGCCCAAUUUGAGAUGUCCGAUAUAUACAGUUUAGGAAUCGAUUUGUCGUGUAACUUUCUUACUGGAAACAUUCCACAAGAGAUAGGGUUACUAGAAGGACUUGCUAUGCUUAAUCUGUCCCAUAAUCUUCUCUCUGGAAAUAUCCCAUCGAGUGUUGGAAAUAUGUCAAGUUUAGAAUCUUUGGAUUUAAGUUGUAACCGAUUAUCUGGACAUAUCCCACAAUCUUUGACAUCAAUCGACUCCCUUGGGUUCCUAAACUUAUCUAAUAAUAAUUUUACCGGUCGGAUUCCAAGAGCAAGUCACUUUGAUACAUUGAGUGUGGAUGGUUAUGCUUUUGUCGGGAAUGAUUUAUUGUGUGGAUUUCCUUUGGAGAAAGUUUGUGACCGUGAGAGUAACGUUGAUAUUGGCGAUACCAGUCCUUCAAGUAAAGUUGAGGAAGACGAUCAAGACGAAGGGAAAGAGAAGUUGUUGUUAUAUGCUAUUGUUGCCUUGGGGUGUGCAGUUGGAUUUUGGGGUUUGUUCUUUGUUUUACUUCUAAAUAAACAGAAUUGGUGGUUUCCAUAUUGGAGAAAUAUUGAUUUACUUGCAGUUAAUAUAGUAGAAAGAUGUAUUCGGUAG